GUGCAACACUGCACAAACCUAAACAACAGCGUAAAGGCACGAGCAUCCACCGAGCAUACUGGCACACGUAGACCCUCAGAGAUCAUCAAAUUAACAGAGCAUUCGUCUGUCCUCGUAAAUGUGUCACGGGCGCAAUAGACAGUCGUUGAAUAUCCGGUAACAGGUAAAUCAGGAAUAUUGUGCUGUGUUGCUGUCAGUAUUGAAUGUUGUCUUCUGACAACAAUAAUAGGCAAUAGGCUACAGAUAACAUAUGGGCUAUUGAACUGGGGUAUAUUUCUGAGUUUAGACAGUAUUAUGGUUGCAUUGUGCAAUUGUAAAAUACUGUCGAUAUAAACACUUAAAUAUGGGUUCUAGAUUAAGUAGACAGAGUAGUCUGGACAAUGAGAAUUUUACGAAAAGGCGUUGCAAGCCUCUUAACAGCACAGGAGAAGGCGACAGAGGUAGAAUUCAAGGCGGCGACUUUCUGUUUACGAUGAUGCUGAAAUCAGAUAAACUGCCGGGGAUGCUGAGGCGGUCAAAUCAUAGUCCCUACGUGAGGCGAGUGGCAUGGAUCCGAGAGAUACAAAAGCUGCUCCGUGAUCGCAGGAUAGAUCAGGCAACCGACGUGCUUAAACUAUUGAGGAAGGAUCUGGGCUUGGAAGGAACAUCCCUAAAUGACAUCUUAUAUAAGAACGCUGCUUUUCUCAACCUGGUGGAUCCCAUCUCCCAUGAGCUGCUGCUAAGCCUGGCUCGCGAGAUGCAGUGUCCCAAGAAGAAAGAUGCUGAAACCAUCAAGUCAUCAGAUAAGAUCUGCAGACAGCUGAUCUAUCACCUGACACCUCAUUCUAAGUGGCUCAGACAGAGCAUGUCCAGGCGGAAGUCCCAGGCCUGUCUCAAGACAACCCUGCAGAGAAAGGUAUCUACUGACAGAGUCGACUUGUCUGGUAUCCCUCUCUCCAGUCGAGACGUACGCCACGUGGCCUUCUACCUCCAGAACAGUGGGGAUGCAGUGGUGGCUGUAGACAUCAGUUUCACAGAGCUCCUGGACGAGAACCUCCGUAUCCUGCUACCCCACCUGGGAUCUCUGCCCAAACUCAACACCCUGGCCCUCAAUGGCAACCGGCUGACCCUGGCCAUAGUCAAAGACCUGACUGAGAUCCUAAAGGACCCCAAGAAGUUCUCCAGCUUGGUUUGGAUCGACUUGAGCAACAACUUGGACAUUUUCACCAUGCCCCAGCCUCUGUUAGUGGCUCUACGACGCCGCUGCAGCCUGAAGAGCAGCCUGCCCACCAUCUACGAGUACACAGAGGGUCAGCCUUACUGCUACCACAUGGAAACCUCCAUCGAGGAGCCCAGCCACUACGAGGAGGAGGCAGAGGAAGAGGAGGAAGAUGAAGAUGAGCUGGAGCCUUGGGGUAUUGGGGGUGGAAAGGUUUCGAAGGACUUCACCCUACACUACUGUGAGAGGUGAUGCGGUGACCUCCACCUGGCUCGGCCCUGCUGUAUUUGAAAGGCCUUCCCACAGCUCCCAGUUCCUACCUUUCCCCUGUUGCCCCUCACACCAUGAGCCCAGUCACCCAUUGUGGCAUGAGGGAUGUUCAGCGCCACACAUUCAGAAACCCUUGUCCCAACACAGCCACCAAAUAAUCUCUCACCAUCUAUGAGUUAACCCACACAAGACCACCGCAGUAACUGACGAUUAUGUUAGUGACUUACUGUGUUGGCGGAUGGUGCUCCUGGGAACGAGGUGUGGUUUCAUUGGAGGGGGGCUGAACGAAUUUAGGAAAAGGUGCUCUCUCUCUCGCUCUCUUAAAGUUGCAGCUGUUGAGCAAAUCCCAAGGACUUCAGAUCAGACGGCUUGACAGAGGAGCGGCAUAACGCUGGUGGUCUAAUGAGCUGCUGUUGGUUUGGAAGCAGCAGGUCCCAACCGGGUUCUCUACCAGGACUGUCACCGAGACUAUCCCUGGCAGGCAGGGCCUAGCUCCACAUUGUGUGUUCUCUGUUAAUCUCUCAACAAAGGCUGUGAAACAAGUUCAACAGACUAUACAGCCGACGACCAGUCACGUGACGCCAGCAAAACUGCUAAGUCAAGACUUUUUGCUUUUUCCCCCCCUUUCGAAAUGUCCACUUGUGAAUACCUACGUAGAUGUAAAUGAUGACACAAAACAUGUCUCUGUUCUAUUUCCACAGGCUAUUUUAGUGCACUGCAGAUGAACAAAGGCAUCUUAUAAGACAACAGGUAGGACUCAACGAUAGACAGAUUUUUUUCACUGAUUGUUUGCGGUGUCCAAAACCCUGAUAUUCACGGCUCCAUUUAGCAAUUUGAGUCAUUAUCAUAGCCCCUACAUUUCAGGAUACAUGUGGGAUCAAUGACAGUACAGCCAACCCCCAAGAGUGAACCCAUUCAUCUCUUUGUAGUAAGGGUACCCAACAUGUAAACACAUACUGACCACCCUUUAUACCAAAAUGUCAUUAUUAACAUUUAUAUGUGCUUACUUGUUUGUUUUAAGGGAGGAACAUGACCGUUACAUUUCCGUUGUAGGCUAUAUUGCCAGGGCUGAUAAUCAGCAUGGUGGGAAUGGUGUAGUGCUGAAUAGAGGUGGUCUUUAAAAUAACACAUGCUAGUCAAGUUGGGUUUACCAACUGCAGCUGCGCUCUGUGCUGCAUUGCACUUAAAGAAUUGUAAGAAAUGUAUUGACUUCAGGUCCAUUUCAAACUCAUUGAUGCGUUAAACUGUUUAUUCCAAGUCAUCUAAUCAUUUCUCGCAAUAAUAUUUGAGAAGCUUAACCACACUGAAACCAUGGUAUACAUAAGGGUCAUUCAGCAAACUGAUAUUAAUGAAGUCAAUGUAUUGAACAACAAUAAUUGAAUAACAAAGUAAUAUAGUUGUAUCAUCUGAUUGAAUAUGUGUGAGGGUGUUUAGUGUGUUUGCUGUUGUGUAUUGUCUGAUUACUGUCGUAACGGUUUGUAUUAUUGCUUUGAUGUUGUGUCCUUUGUCGAACCAUGCAAUUACCGUAAUUAUUCUAAUUGUGAAAAGGAGCACACUAACCUACUCUGCUGGAACAAUUAGGGGACACACAAGAUGAAGGUAUUAAUAAAGUAAUGACUUACCAGUACUGUCAUGUUCACUGAAAUGUAGCACAGGAAAGUGCUUUGUGUGUAAGGUAUGUGUGUGUUUAAAAAAAUACAAGAUCAAAGGUGUUGUCCUGGGAGAGAACUAUGACAGGAAAAUAUUUUUCUCACGUGGUAUAUAUGUUAGCGUCGUGUGUCAUUGUUAUACUAUUUGUCAACUGGGUCGUUGUAUGUACAUGUAUAUCUCAUGCCAUAUCUUGAAUGAAAUUUCACUGCCAAUAAAAACGGUGAAUCUAAGCAACUGUUUGGAGGAUGAAGUUUACCAGAAAGGAUCAGCAUCAGGGUCACAAGAGCCUUAAUCAUUUCUAUGUUAAAGUUAUUAU